AUGUCUUCUUUCCCUAGAAGUGGGAAAAAGGGUGAUACGCGGAGACGGAAGCAAGUCACAAUUGACGAGUCGAUCAGCUUUGAUUUCAGGGCAAGCAUUGCGCUUAACAAGAUCAGCAAAGAUGUACAGACACAUGUCGGACGAAUAAAUAGAGCAGGAAUACUGGCUGCUGAAGCAUAUGUGAUCAGCAACCGUGACGUGCAGUCCAUGGAUAUAUUGGAUCAAUGGCUUCAUUAUAUUGACACCGAAGAAAUACUUCCGCUCUUCGAUAAAAUCAACAAAGACUAUAACAAACCCAAGCUCCCAGGCAUUGACUGGGGCGAUCCUGGUAUUUCACAACGGGUGGUUGAAGUUUCUCAGACUUGGGCGCGUCAAAAAGAGGCUCUUUAUGACAUCUUCACCGAUCUUGGCCCAGCACUCCUGAAGGAACUAGUCUUGGCCGCAAAUACCUUCCAGUAUGCCGUCUAUCAAUCUUUUCUGCUUUUACUGCAGAACUUACAGCAACUCUCCCUUCACAACUUCGCCGACCUGGUCGAACUUAUUUCACUGACCAUCUGCGAUGCCGAGCUUGCGAUUGAGCUAUUGCUCGAGUGUCUCGAACCGGAAAGCCAAAGACUGUUGGUCGGCAAUGCAAUAGAAAUCGACCAAAUUACGAAGUGCUUCAUAGGACUUGCACUUAACCACAUCGACAUGAUUUCCAAUGCCCAAAGAUUUGCUAUGUCUCCGAUACCGCUAAUGUUGAAAGGCGUUGGUCAAGAUGGCUACUAG